GAGUCGAGUUGGAAUUUUGGCGGGUCCGACUGUAGAAAGGGAAGGGGUGCGGAGCCGGGUAAGGUGCGGGUCUGCGACUGUUGAGGAGCAGGCCAAGGUCCUGCAUUCCUGCCAUCUCCUGGGCACCUGAUCCUCCCUCACAGUUCUCCAUCUCCACUGUUCUCUUGGCAGCAUGGAUGGGGAGGAGGAUGAUUUGUCUCUGCUGACCGCACUGCUGGAGGAGAAUGAGUCUGCCUUGGACUGUAAUUCAGAAGAGAGUCAGCCCUUGACCCAGGAAGAUGGUGAACCUGAUGUAUUCGAUGAGCUCUUUGAUGCUGAUGGUGAUGGUGAAUCUUACACAGAGGAGGAUGAUGAGGGAGAAGUGGAAAAGGCUGAAGACCAAAAGGAGAAUUUGGAUGCUCUCUUUGGAGACAUGGAUGACUUAACAGAUGAGGAAGAAGCUCCUACAUCACAAUCAGCGAACAACAGGGUCCUCCCUGCUCCUGCCCCCAGUCAAGGGAAAACUAAUCAGGAAUUGCAAGAUGAAUUAAGGAAGUUGCAAGAGCAAAUGAAGUCCUUACAAGAACAGCUGAAACUAGCUACAAUUAAACAGCCUGCAAGUCCAGCCCGUCUGCAUAAAACCCCAGUAGAUAAGUCUCCACGUCCCCCUCUUAAGGAGAAGAAAGUUCAGAGAAUUCAGGAGUCGUCGUGCUUUUCUGCAGAGCUUGACGUCCCUACUCUACCAAAACCCAAGCGGGUGGCUCGGACGCCAAAGGUUUCACCUGCAGAGCCUCAAAGCUCAUCUUUCAGGAUGACAAGUGCACCCUCCCAACCACUCCGAGCAACUCCUGGGAACAAGCCUGGUGGGAUGACGAGGGCUCAGAGUGCAGGAACCCCCAGGAGCUCUGGGGAAACAACUCAGACUGUCUCCGUGGAAGCCUUCUCUGGCCUGAGGCUCAGGAAGCCUCGAGUAUCCUCCACAGAAAUGAACAAGAAAAUGACUGGCCGAAGACUGAUCAGACUAUCUCAGCUCAAGGAAAAGAUGGCAAGGGAGAAGUUGGAAGAAAUAGACUGGGUGACAUUUGGGGUUAUAUUGAAGAAAAUCACUCCACAGAGUUCUAACAGCGGGAAAACAUUUAGCAUCUGGCGACUGAAUGAUCUUCGUGACCUGACGCGGUACGUGUCACUGUUCCUGUUUGGAGAGGUUCACAAAGAACUCUGGAAGACUGAGCAGGGUACCGUCGUAGGGCUGCUCAACGCGAACCCCAUGAAGCCCAAGGAUGGUUCAGAGGAGGUGUGCUUAUCUAUUGACCAUCCUCAAAAGAUCUUAAUUAUGGGGGAAGCUCUUGACCUGGGAACCUGUAAAGCAAAGAAGAAGAACGGAGAACCGUGUACACAGACUGUGAAUUUGAAUGACUGUGAAUACUGUCAGUAUCACAUCCAGGCCCAGUACAAGAGGCUCAGCGCCAGGCGAGCAGACCUGCAGUCCACCUUCUCCGGCGGCCGAAUUCCAAAGAAGUUUGCCCGCAAAGGCAUCAGCCUGAAAGAAAGGCUGUGUCAGGAUGGUUUUUACUACGGAGGAGUUUCUUCGGCCUCGUAUGCAGCCUCAAUUGCAGCUGCUGUUGCACCUAAAAAGAAGAUCCAAACCACUCUGACGAAUCUGGUGGUUAAGGGCGCAGACUUGAUCCUUCAGGAAACUCAACAAAAACUCGGAGUACCCCAGAAGAGCUUGUCUUGCUCUGAGGAAUUCAGGGAACUGAUGGACUUGCCUACAUCUGGAGCCAGAAACCUGAAACAUCAUUUAGCCAAAGUCAAGUCAUCAGGGAUCAUGGCGAGCCCGAAACCUGCUUUCCAGUCUAUCUCGGCAUCAGCCCUCUUGAAGCAACAGAAGCAGCAUAUGUUAGAGAUGCGGAAAAAGAAAUCAGAAGAAAGACAGAAACGAUUUCUCCAAAGUGCGAGUGAAGUUGAGAGCCCAGCUGUGCCGUCCUCUUCUCGGCAGCCCCCUUCUUGGUCUCCACCAACGGGGGCUGAGUUCCCCAAGCUGGAAGGAGCCCCAGCCAUACAGAUGCCAAAGCUUGGAAGAAACAUCUCAGAAGGAGAUGAUGUCCUCUUUUUUGAUGAGUCACCACCACCAAGACCAAAACUGAGUGCGUUAGCAGAAGCCAAAAAGUUGGCUGCUAUCACCAAAUUAAGGGUAAAAGGCCAGAUUCUUACAAAAACAGACCCAAACAGCAUUAAGAAGCUAAAGGAGCCCCAGGAUGUCCUGGAAGUGAAGGAACGUGUAGAAAAGAACAACACAUUUUCUCCUCAAGCUGAGGAUGAAUUGGAGCCUGCCAGGAAAAAAAGGAGAGAACAGCUCGCCUACCUGGAAUCUGAGGAGUUUCAGAAAAUUCUAAAAGCAAAAUCGAGGCACACGGGGAUCCUAAAAGAGGCCGAGGCUGAGCUGCAGGAACACUAUUUUGAGCCCCUGGUGAAAAAAGAACAAAUAGAAGAAAAGAUGAGAAACACCCGGGAAGUGAAAUGUCGAGUCGUGACGUGCAGGACGUGCGCUUACACCCACUUCAAGCCUCUGGAGACCUGCGUCAGCGAGCAGCACAACUACCACUGGCACGACGGUGUGAAGAGGUUUUUCAAGUGUCCCUGUGGAAACAGAAGUGUCUCCCUCGACAGGCUCCCCCAAAAGCACUGCAGUAAUUGUGGCCUCUUCAAGUGGGAACGGGACGGAAUGUUAAAGGAAAAGACAGGUCCAAAGAUAGGAGGAGAAACCCUGUUACCAAGAGGAGAAGAACAUGCCAAAUUCCUGAAUAGCCUUAAAUAGCCCCGACUUCAAACAGGAGAGUAAGUCUGUUUGCCGAAGUUGUCACUGCUAGCAGCCCAUCAGAGCCUCUGCUCUUACAGAUAAAACAGACAUCUCAGAUGCCAUGAGGAGAGAUUUGGAAACAGCACCGCUCAAAAGGAUGACUGACCCCCAAAAUGAGAUUCUGUAUUUGCCAAUAUUGAAGAAAGAAACGGUGAUAUAUCUAAAGAAAAUAACAGGCACACAAGGUGGAAGAAAUCAGUUGGCAUAAGUUGGCAGCAGUUUGUGAAAAAGCUGUGGAAUUUUAGAAAAUUAAAGAAAGAUAAUAUAGCCACACAGCUGAACUCUCCAGAUCAAAAUGGGGAAGAGGCCUGCCAUGUCCUGCACAGUCAGACCAUGUAUCCAGUAAAAUUGACCUGCAUUUUGGAGAAAAGCAGGACAACAGUAAUCGAGGUGGUGAAAACUCAAAGCCAUUUCACCAAAGAAAGGAAGAAAGAACUAGAAAUAUAUAGAGAGUGGAUUUUUGUUAUUCACAGUAAUUAUGUUUCAUAAAGUCACCAGCUGAACUAGCAGAUACCCAAUCACUGCUCCUAGAGGAAAUAUAGGCUUAGGUUCCCUUGAGCCUCUGGUCACGUCUUCUUCACCAGCUCAAUACAUAACCUUGUAUUAUGUGUGUUUCUGUUUAAAAACACUUUAAUAUGUAUCGUCGAUUCAUUAACAUGGAACUCGCAGCCGACAGCAGUGUAUCUCCUAAUGGAACAAAGCUGAUCUCAUCACGUGCUUUUUCUCCAGAGGGUGCAUUCCAGCCUUCUUGCCCUCGGGAACACUUAAGCACUAUGCCUGUGGUCCAUUUUCAGCAGCAGAAGUACGCCAAAGAAGCACAAAAAUGUGAUGAACGUGGCAUGAAAAGGACAUCUUUUUACAGCAUCAGAGCUGAAACCAGCAGAAGUUGUCGUUCUCCCUCAGCUGAGAACAACUUAGAUUUCUCGUCGGUCUGCACGUGCGCAUGUCCGUAAGUGACCACAAAAACACCACAUUUAUUGCUUUUAUAAAUUUUAGCAAUUAGGUGAAUUUGGAAAAACAUGGAAUCCACAAAUAACGAGGAGCAACUGUGUACUAUUUCCCAAAACAGGGCCAGAUUGGGAGUGUCCCCAUUUUGCAGAUUAGAAAAUUAAGUGAUUUGAAACUAUGGGAAGAAACCAGGAUUGCAAUCAAGUCUGUGGUAAUGUUGCUUGAGCAGAGACUUCUCUAUUGGUAUUUUUUUAAGUCAACUUUAUUAAGGGCUAAAUUUCACACAGCAAAAGGCACACAUCUUAAGUGUACAGUUUGGUAAAUUUUGAUGAAUUUAUACAUCCACGUGACCACCACCACAAGCAAGAUAGAGAACAUUCCCACCACCCCCAAAAAGUUGCCUCUGCCAUUUCCCAGUCAGGCCACAUGCCCUGGUCCCAUCCAUCACUGAUCUGUUUACAAUCUGUUUAGAUCUGUCUUUCCUAGAGUUUCAUAUAAAUGGAAUCAUACAGAAUGUACUCUUAUGCUUCACUCAGCAUAUUUUGAAAUAAAUCCAUGUUAUUGCCUGUGUCCAUAGUUCAUUUCUUAUUGUUGAGUAUUUCAACUGUAUGGAUAUGUCACUGUUUAUUCACCUGUAGAUGGACAUUUGGGUAGGCUUGUUUCCAGUUUGGGGCUAUUAUGAAUAAAGCCAUUAGCAAUAUUCAGG